AUGUCAGAUUCACUUCAGACAGAUUUCUUAGGAAAGAACAGCAUUCAAAGCAGAAUGAGUCCAGAGUUCUGGCUGACAUUCAUGUUUGUGAUGUUCUGGAUUUAUGUCAUUAACGCCACUGGCCAGUGUCAUGAAAAUGAACACUCCAUCGGAAGAAUGUUCCUCAGAGGUCACACCUUUAAAACAUUACGGGUUGGAUUCCCUGAGGAGUGCUAUCUGUGGUGCGAAAAAGAAAUCAGGUGUCAGAGCUACAACUUUGUCAUUGGUCAAAAUAUCUGUGAACUGAACAAUCGUACAAAGGAGGCAAGACCAGAAGAUUUUGGGCCAGACUGGAAAAAAUUUUACAUGAAACGUUCUCAAAAUAGAGUCCCUCUCGGAUCCAUCAAGGACCUUCCAGCAGCAACGUGUGGUGAGAUCAAAGCGAGUGAGGGAGACGAGAUGGCCAAUGGGAAAUACUGGAUUUACUCUGAUGGUUUUGGAGGGGUCAUCGAGGCUUACUGCGAUGGGAGUUGGCAGAAGAUAAAUGGCAAAGAGCCUAUCUGCUUUGGAGCCAAAGAUGACCAAUAUGGUUCCUUCAAAAUGACAAAAAGUGGACAUGUGAAGACAAUGAAGCUUAUUCACAGGUCAGGGUCGGUGCGCUGCAGCAGUUCUACUAUUUCAUCCUACUGGGGCUGCAUCCACCCAGAAUAUGGAGAAACUUUGAUGACGAUCAUCACAGAUGCCAAUAAGAAGGCCAUUCUGCCCCCUACCGAAGACUUGAAAGCUUUUGUUUUCGGUUAUUAUGGUUAUUAUAAAAGAGAGCACUUUUACAAUCUUCCUGGAUAUCACCAUAAUUCAACUGAGCUGGUUUUUCGCAACCUCGUCAAUCCAUUGUCUGUCUCGAGCAACCAAGAGAUGCAGAUAUGGUACGGACAGGAUUGGAUAGACUUCGGAGAGGUAGACAAUAGCGGUAAAACCUGUGUUGAUGUGUAUGCAUGGUAUGGGUGA